AUGGCUGUCGGUAUCAAAGCAGCCGUUAGGAGCCCCGCCGACGAGCUGCAGUUUGAGGGUUCAGAAGCUGGUCAUGCCGUUACCAUCGUUCUCGACGCUGACAAACCAAACCCCCUGUUUCAGACACCUAUAGGUCAAGAUGCACGGGUAUCGAACAUCCUCAUCCUUGAAUCAGUGGACCCUAGUACUGACCUCGAUCAGCAUAUCCUGGAUAUCGGAACUGCCAUGGACUAUGGGCUAUGUGCGUAUAAUCACCAUUCCGUAUUGCUAUUCAAUCCCGCUAAUGCUGAGCCCAGUGACGUUGCCGAUAUGUCUCCCGAUGGUGAACAUAUUCCCAGCCUUUGA